AUGUCGUACUACGGCAACCGCGGCUUCAACUGCAACAAUGGUGUCGGUGUCUCCAUCUUCGUGAUCAUCUGUGUGAUUCUGAUCGGAAUGUGCAUUGCCAAGCGCCGCAGCCGUCCGUUCACUCCUAUGAUCCGCCCGGGUAUGGGUGGUGGCCAGUACAUGGGCCCGCCGCCGCAGCAGCCGCCUGCUCCUGGCUAUGGCGGCGGUAUGGACCAGCCGUACCACACCGGCCCUCCGCAGGGUGGCUACCAGCCGCCGCCCGGGCCCCCGCCGUCGGGUGGCUACCAGCCGCCUUCGGGUCCUCCGCCGUCGGGCGGCUACCAGCCCCCGUCGGGCGCACCGCCCACCGACGGAAAAUUCCAGCCGCCUUCAGGUCCUCCCCCGGCGAGCUACCAACCCAGCAAGUAA